CAUCAAGGGGAACGGUUUGUAAUAUUUCACUGUGAAGUUUCGAGACGUAAACUUAUAGCUUUGGCUUGAUUGAGCCGGCUUUUCUCUUGUUUCGUCGAUAGAUUUCUAGAAGAGUAAAUUUUCUGUGGUAUUGUGUUUGAAAUAUCUUGCCGUCCUUAUGCGACAGCCGGGAAUGAGUAUUUCUACGGGCGACAAGGAAUUGGAAUUCGCCGACCCGAAGGAAGAGGCGAAAUACUGGAAACAAUUUGCUGAAGACUUGGAGCGAAAGUGAGUGGUUUAAGGACCGUGUUCUUUUUUGUUAGUUGUGCUGUUAAAGAAUGGAAGAAUGAAGUUUUAAUUUUAACGUCUUUUUCUGGGAAAAGGUUGCAAGAAGCAAGAGAUGAACUCGAUGAGUUUCAAGAAGGUAGUCGCGAACUAGAAGCAGAGUUGGAAAUGCAGUUGGAGCAAGCCGAAGCCAGACAGCGAGAGCUUUUAGCUGCCAAAACCCGGCUAGAGACGGAAAACGAAAACUUGAAGGUAAAUGGGAAAACAUCGACGAAAAUUUCUUAGGUUUUUUUCGCCCUGUUGUUUAAGUUAGAGUUUGUAAAUAAUGCAAGACUUGCUUGCGUACGCCGACAGCCAUGUUUUUAUCAGGUUCUUGAUAAUUUGUCGUUUGACCUAAUGUUGAAAUUAAAAUAUUCUCGUCUCUUUUUCUCUUAGGCGCGACUAGAUGCCAGCCAGAAUGAAUCCUACUUAACGAUAUCAUCGCUACAAGAUGAGGUUGCUCAACUUAAAGCUGUGCGGGAGGAAGUGCAAAAAUACGUUCGGGAACUCGAGCAAGCGAACGACGAUCUUGAGCGAGCGAAAAGGUGAAUUACCAACUUUAGACGUAACAUUUAUUUCUUUUCGUAAGAAUCAUCGCGAAGUGGUCUAUUUAUUUCCAUUUCUUUAAUCAUUUAACUUACAAGCUAAUAAUAUUUUCGCCUUGUUAAUUGCGUUUGGAUGUUGUGCUGUCUUGCUCAAAUUACUAAAUUUCGAUACGUUGUUAUAGACUGCAAUAUUUAUUACAAGCUGCGAUAUUGAGUCAGAGAAACUGAAUCAUUUGGGGAGUUAAAACAUUACGACAGAUUGUUCUGUUUAUUAACAUAAUUUUGUUUAAAUAUUAUGGGUCAUAUUUAAGUCUUGCCGUGUGCAAAGUACAAUUCAGGCAUGUGACAUUCUCGCAUUGUUGAUCAGCGAAGAAGGAAAUAUUUUCUAACCUUGUCGUGGUAUCGAUUUCUGUUAGUACAUGUACUGGAUUUUAAUUGUGUUCACGUUUACAGAUCAGAGCCUCCUAAUCUCACCGAUAAAAAAUACUUUGAUGUUGCAACAAAUCCUGGGGAGCAAAACCGUUUUGCUUUUCUAUCUGUAAAAGAGUGGAUUGCUUAAACUUGUAACUGCUUUGCAUGAAUUGCUUUGCUUAGACUAAUAAAAUAUGUUGAUUUGAUCUUAUUGUAUUGCAAAGAAUGUGCUUGUGUUCUUAUGUUGCCGGUCUAUUAUAAACCAUAAAGUAGAGUGCUCACUUUUAUGUUGGACCUACCUUGUCAAAAUAGAACUGUAGUUAAAUUUAACAUUUUAAGUAUUUCUAGUUGUAAAGAUGGGAAUUUUAAAUGUUAUCACUGGAGGAUAAAUAAUCUUUUAAUUCAAUUUAAUUCCUUUUGUGUUUUUUAAAAGGAUGAAUUCAAAAUAUUUCCAUGGAAGUUAAAUUUAAAGAAGUAUGGCUGCCUUUGUGCGACCUAAUUAGCACACUGGGAUAAUAAAGGAAAGAAAAGCAUUCACUGUACCAUGACAGUUGAUGCACCUUUUCAUAUAAUUUUAAGUUUCUUUAAACUACUUUGAUCAGAUAGAAUAGGCUUUGCAAAGCUUGUUUUAAUCAGAAAUGGCAGACUUUGCAUUUUAGCAAGGCUCUUUCAUUCCAGCUUGGGUCAAAAGGGUGGGACACCUGUUGAGCUUGUGGAAAACAAUCUUUGUGUUGAUGUCUCACCCUACUGGGAGGAAUCUUUUACUUUUAAUUUAAGCAUAACUGGUCACUUGAAUGUUUGAAGAAAGGGGAUUACUUAAUUAGCAACUCCAUGUAGUAUUUUCUGAAAUUACAGUUUGCUGGAAUAAAGUUCUGUCUGCUGUUAUCUUGAUUUAAAAUUUAAUCAAAAAUCAAAGUGAGGCUGGCGCUGUUUUUUUCUUGUUGAGUAAAAUAAAUGGUUACCUUUACUGUUUGCAUUUCAGGGCAACAGUUUGCUCCCUUGAGGACUUUGAGCAGAAGCUAAAUCAGGUGCGUUUCAUAUUUAGUUUGAUUGAAUAUUCUCUUGUGCUGUUGUUACUUUGCCGUCUUGGCCCUUCUUAAUAAUAUGAGUGAAAGACUGGUCCUAAGGCAGACAACUGUCAUUUAAUUUGGUCAUGAAGUUUAAAUUAGAAAGGUUUUGACCAUUUUAGUAUUAUUAUUAUCACAUGCUUAAGUGAAUAUUGAUCCAAACUGAAGAAAUAGUGUAUUUUUAACCUGCAGAAGAUAUAAUAGGGUAACAUCUUGCACUUGAUUAACCACUGCUCAAUGGGUUGUGUUGUGAUUUCAACAACAAAGUGCAUAAUUAACUUCUUAGGGUGUCAGUGUGAGAAGCAGUGAGUAGAACUUCCUGGAUCUCUUUUUCCUCAAUCAGAAUACGAUACAAACAUGCAGUGAUGUUUUAUUUCUUUGUUAAGACUGUAGUGUCAUAACUGCCAGAAAUCCCUGGUGUGGCUAUGGUGGCUUAAAAUUAAUGUCUAAAAUCGUUUUGAUUGAACAUUUGUUAGAAAUAAACUCAAACACUUCUCAAAAGCAAAAAAGGGCUUCUUGCAUGAAGUCUACUUCUGAGUUCCUCUUUAGCCUGAAGAAUAACAAACCACUUAAAUUUUGUCACAGAGAUAGUCAUAAUACAUAUUUUUAAUCCUGUCAUUUGUCGUAAAUAAAUCUGAUUUGUUUAGGUCAGGUUCCCCAGGAGAUGAAGGAGUGAAUUCCUGAGAUAUGAUCUCUAUCUCAAUUGAACAUUUUUGGAAUGUUCUAUUAAAUGUUGAGACACCAACAGUGCUUCCAACGUUGAAAUGAACGAAGUUUUAGCUGUCUCAUCUGUGUUGCAUGUCAUUAUUUUCAUGAGUUGAUACUGUUUAGGUCAUGUUUCAUUAUUGUUACAUAACAGUGAUUUUACUGACCCAUUUUGUGCUGUCUUUUGUAUUGUUUAGGCUAUUGAAAGGAAUGCUAUCCUUGAAAAUGAACUGGAUGAAAAAGAGACACUUCAGGAAUCUGUACAGAGACUAAAAGAUGAGGCUCGAGGUAACAAGCUCUGACUUGUUAUGCAAAAUUAAUUUAGUUGGACAGAACACUUAAGUUAUUAAUCUGACCCCAGUUAAACAGUUGGAUUAAAAUGCUGGCCAUCUAGAAGUUGGUAAAUUGCUUUCCAGUUGAUGUGUUAGGGGAACACUGUUAUGUUACAUCGUUGAUGACAGAUUUAUCAUUGAAAGGUACAUGUGCUGUAUCUGGAAAAUUAUCCAGCAAAGUUGUGUUUUGCCAAAAAAUUGGGGAAACCAAAUGUGUCGCCCAGAUGGUGGAGAUUUAUUCAGUGAAUAGCAUCUCCUUUUAAACAGCUGGGAUCUACAGCUGUAGUGCCUAGCAGUGGAAUUGUGAACCAAACUUUGAUAUCGUGAUCAUCUCCAAGAAUGAAAAAUCUACAGCAACACCUUUUUACAAACUUUUUCUUAACCAUUGCUUUCUUGUCAUUUUUCUAUUGUUGCUAUGCUUGUGAAAUCAAGGUAUUGCUUGCUACUUAAAAUUGGCAGAUAGAGACCCAGAAACUGUAUUUUAUUUAUUUUUUGAGGGCAAAUAAAACUUUUCUUAUUUCCCUUAAUAUUCACUGUUCCUGAGGGCUUUAUUUUUUACAGGCCAAGAUUGUAAGUUAAAAGAUCAGUAGUACUAUGGCUUAAGAAGGGGAGAAAUCUAUAUAUCAUUGCUGUAAUUUCUUUCAAGUUAAGCUUAACUCUGUAAAGGGACAUCCUUAUAAGUGGACAGCUCUACCCCUUUUUGAGUCUGACUGAAAAGCCCAGUUAAACUCUGCACUUACAAAAACUAUUCUGCUCCAGUUUCGGCCCACCUUCUGUCUCCUUAGGAAAGGAAAGAGUAUCAAAAGGAAGUCUCAACUGUAUUCUAAUGCCAUAAUUUGUAGCUCAAGGUUUAACUUAAAGUCAUAAAAAUAAUACCAGAUAAAAAGUGUUGAUUCUUAAGUAAAUUCAGGUAACAGGCCAUUUUACAGUUACAAGUUAAAACGAGGAUGGUGUUGACAUUGUUUUGAUACAACCCUUCCUGCUUUAUUAUGUAAAUCAUGUUGUUCUCAUGCUAACUAGUAUUUUUAAGCAUAAUUUCUUUGAGAAAAGGAAAGAGACUUGUAUCAAGACAAGGUCAGCCUCAGUGUCUUGUUCCGUCAAACGCUGGGAUACUGAGCCCAUAACUGUAAAAUGGUCUACUACCACAGGGAGAAAUGCAAAGAGAAUGGUGCAGAGAAUAAGCUUGGUGAUAAACGAUCGGGGUUUAGCAUGUUUGCCGCACAAUUUAAGGGGCAAAUUUGUUAGGCGUAUAUUCACCAGACACUCCAUACUAAUCCAAAUAAUGUGCAUUGUUUUUCUUGCCAGACCUAAGACAAGAACUUGCAGUUAAAGAGAAAGAGAGGAGGAGGCCUAGUGAAAGUAUGGAUUUGGGUAAAGACAAGGGUCGUAACAAAGAAAACAAGGAGCCAUUGAAAACAGAAGGAACACCCACAAAGCCAGAGACUACUGGUCAGACCACAGACCAUAUCACUAAUCUAUCAACUACCUCCAUUGGAACAUCACCACUUCAUACUGGCUAUGGAAGCUCACCACUAACACCCUCAGCAAGGAUUUCAGCUCUGAAUAUUGUUGGAGAUCUUCUUAGAAAAGUUGGGGUAAGUUUCAAGAGAGUUGAAUUAUAGCAGUAAUGCCCAUUGCAGUUUGAUAGUAAAUGCAUUGUCUAGUUUUUGAUGAUUGUCAGAGAACAAUAAUGUUAUCAUUGAUGUUGUCUUAAUCACUUGUUGUAAAAUUUCUGUAUAAGCCUUUAAAAUGUAAUUAGCAAUAUGCCAAAACACUUGAAGUUUAAAGAACUGUUGCUAGUAGUAAUGUAUGUGUUUUUCACAGUACAAGCAACAUUUCUCUCUUAUUCCCAAAGAUUUAUUUUGUCAGACAACAUAGUAUUUUCAGUGAUAACAUCUAUGUUCUUUUCUACCUUUUCCAGGCUCUUGAAUCCAAGUUGGCCUCUUGUCGUAACUUUGUCAAGGAUCAGCCUCGAAAUCCAAGAGGAUCAACUGGUUCUAACAGUCCUGCAGAUUCCCCAAGGUAACAAUUUUCCAGUACUCCUAUUCUCUGUGUCAGUUCUUAUACCCUUUUACCAAGUUCCUGUCAACAAUUGCUCAUUUUCCACUUCUUUUGUUAUAGCAUAGAUUAUGUAGUGUGACAUUAAUUUUGCAACUGGUUAGACUUUUUAAUCUUUUUGGAUGAAGACAAAAUAUUAAUUUUAAGUCUACCUCACAGCAGUUUUCUGGAUCUGACACUUCUGGGAUGUACAAAUUUCUAGCAGUGAUGAUCCAUUUUUUCUUUCAUUGGUUGUGAACUUGGGUGGGUACCCAGGUAGCUUGCAUGGGAUGUACAUGUAUGAGUUUUGUUCAUAGGAAUGUGUGUGUGAUUCCAGUAAUGUGGUUAAAUAAAAUACUGGUCAAUUUGAAAUGGAUGCAUUGAUAUGGGCUCGUAUUUUUUGUCUUUGGUUCUUAGCUCUGUGUUACAUUAUUUUAUUUUAGGCCGAGCAGAAUUCCCAAGAGUAACUAUCAAAGCCCUGGAAUGCAAGGUCUUGUCAAGGUGCAAGUGUAAUGAAUCAAAUAUGUGUGAAAAAGAAAUCAGUUCAAUCACAACAGAAAGCUGUUUUUCACAACUAAACUAGUUUUUUCAGUUGAACAGGCCACACCUGUGACAGAAGUGUUGCAGCUGUGGAGGAGUUGUUGAGGAUCAACGUUUAGAAUAAAAAAAUGAAAAUGGCUUGUCGACCCCGUGUCACACCGUUACAGCUGCUAGCUGCAGAGAGUUAACUAAGUUUUAUUUAACACAGUGGUGUUGUAAAAAACAGCUUCAGUUGUGAUGACAAAUUACCACUCCAAGAAUAGAGUUGGUCAUUUAUUAUUAGUCAGUCUGCUUACUGUGAAGUUCACUUAUUGCGUGACUAAGUUCAGUAACAAAUGAAUGCAUGAACCAAUGAAUGAAUGAUUGAGAGAGGAAAUUUGCAGUCUGCUAUCUCAAGUUAUGUUAGAGAGUUUUAAAUUCGGGAUAGAGUUUGUGUCCAAUUUGUACAGAUAUUUUGUAUUGCUGAAAAAGCAUUUUAUUGUAACAUACUUGUAGAUUCAAAAUCAAGUAGCACAAAAAAAAAACACAUUUAUAAAAGCAUUUAAGAAUAUUUAAUAAUUGUGCAGAGAUACUGUAUGGGAGUGUGAGAGAGAGUGUUGUCAUUUAAGAUUUCUAAUACUUCCAAAUAUUUAUUUUUUAAAUGUCAAGUAACUUUCCAGCUGGCAUUAAUAACCUGGAAAGGUGUUACAUAUGUAUUCCCAUUAAAUGAGAUUUACCGUAAUGUGGUCUUGCAGACUUUUUUAUGACACCGAAAGUUAUUGUGGUUUGGACAGGAAAGUGUUCACUAAAGUUGAGCAUUUGUUCAAUCAACUUAAAGAUAAAGAGAGGCACUUGACAAUAGAAGUAAUCAGCCCUCCAACCUGCCACCAUUUUGAUCACCGUGGCAAGUAGAAAAACAAUAUUAGGGAACUAAAAUUGCAGCACAAGUAGUCAAUUUGCAAGUCUUUGUGUAGGGGUCAUGUGCCAAGCCACAUUGUUUGAUUGGAUAGUGCAAUUACGUAUGGUCUUUGUAAUGUUUAUAUCAGAUAAACAUUCGGAUGGAAAAAAUGCUUACCUUAUAAGCCCUGGCUUAUCCAAAUUCAUAUGGAGUGUAAGGAGGGCUUAUAAACAGAGGGGCUCAUAUCCAAGGGGGCUAUACACAGACCUGGAAAGUGCCCCUCUCUUUGUUGGAACCAGUACAACUGUCAUUUUUGGCAACCAUUUUAAGAUUGAAAAAAUUGAGUUUGGAGGGCUGAUAAUAUUGUCAGUGCAAUUACUGUUAUUAAGUAGGUCUUCAGUCCAACGCUAAGUCUAAUACAGCAGUGAAAUACUCAAUUUAGCCAUAAAGAAGGAAAUUGUAAGGUUUAGUGUUUGAAGUGCUGUGGUUCCUGCUAUAAAUUGCAAGGCCCAUGGCAGGUAUUCUGACAUAGCCUUAUGGGCUGAGUUAUCACGUACUUGCAUUUGCAAGGAAUUUAAUCCAUAGUAGGUUGAUGUCAUUAUUGUGAUCCUGUCUUAAUAUGUAUGGUUGUUCAGUAAGGUUUAAUUAGCACGCACACCAUUGUAUGUUGCACCUAUAUGUCUUAAAAUUAACUUAUGUUUGUGGUCCUGCGUUAUUUAGAAUAAAUCUUUUAUAUUUUUUUAAAGAAAUCAUUAUAAACAUCUAUAAAAAUUAUUCUUUUUAAGGUGCAAGGUGCUUCUUUGGUAUUGUUAUAAGAAGUUGAGCGUGUUUAAAAACUGGUGUUACUGGAAUGUGGAACAGUUUUUUAAAGACUUCCCCAAGGCUUCCAGCUAUAGUUUUCCCGGACCUUCUAGCAUGUCUACCAUUUGAGCACCCAGUACCUUAAACGAUACUGUUAUUGCCCAACGUUUCCUUUAUUAAUCUUCUAUUAAUCUAUUAUUUAUCCAAGCAUUGAUAUCUGAGUGAUUUCUACUGUUUUGUAGUGGUAGUAAAUUGCUGUAUUUAAUUAAAUUUCACUACCAGACAGUUAGUAUUAUUAAUGUUCACUUUGACUGUUUCAGAAAUGCCAAGAAAGGUGUUUGAGUCAUAAAGUUUUCUUAAGGCAAUUUCUGAAGUUUCAAAUCAAUUGUAUUACCUUACUAGUUACAAUCCAGGGUAGAGUUAUCUGAUGUCUGCCCAUAUCAUUUUAUAGUUAAAAAUUUCGUCACUAUCUUGUUUUCUCUAUCCCUGGGUUGUACAGAGUGUCUCUGUUCAUUUCUCACCUUGUGGAGAGUAGGAACAUCUGUAAUUGUAUAUCUUUUGAAUAUAAUGUAUAUAUUCUGGUGCUGAUUCACGGACAAUUUUUUUUAAAACAAAUCAUCUUAUGAAAAUAAUUUAAAGUAGAUGGGGUUUCAAAUCCCAGGAUAGAAAACUUAUUAGCAUACACAAGCUUUUAAUUCCAACAUGGAAAAAAAUUAUCUUUAACUGAGGGAAUUUGAAAACUUGUGCAUGCUUACUUUUGUAAAAGUGUUUUUAGGAGAGCUCCAUGCACGCAUCAGGUGCGUGAGUGGAGCCCCAUAGCUAAGAAAAUUUGGUUAUCUAUCCAUCCGAGAAAUUGUAGUGGUCGCGUGACGGUACUUCCAUCCGUCCACCCAUCUGUACUCACCACUGCAGGGCAACCAAUGUGAAAUCUCACACUUUGUAGCUAGUGUGGGAGCCUGUAACGUGAUAUCCAUGUCAUUGUCAAUUGACAGCUGUCAAAACAGGAUAUCAGCUGGCCAACAUCAAUAUGACUGUAUCACAGGCUCAGGUGUCGACCCAUCAAAGUUGUGUGUUUCUUAAAGAAUUCCACUGACAAGUUACUAGUUUUUAACUGAUUGCUGGGUCAACUUGAAGUGGAUUUCUUUGCAAUGGUUAAAAACAAGAUUUUUAGUUUAUUGUUUGAAGCUAAUUAUUGAGGGAGCUUUGCCUUGGCUAAAUCUAUGUAUUAUCCUGGGAUUUGAAACCUUGUCUACUUUAAAUAUCAUUAUGACAGGAUCAAGUUACUCUUUUUGCUGACAGUUUAUGAAUGAUUUGGAGGUAAUGAGCGAAUUUAUUAGUGUUGUAACCCUUCUGUUGAGACCAUACAAUAAUCAUGGUGACUUUGGUAGUUUCAGGGACAUCUGAAAUCAAUGUGUUGAUGUAAAUCCAACAUAUUUUCAUAGCAAGUACGUGAAUGAUGGUUCUAUCCCGAAGUGAAUCACCACUGCCUUAUCAACUGGUGUGAAUUUUAAUUUUUAAUUCCAAUAAACUGGCAGAAGGAACCUCAAAGGUCUUUUC